UCUUUGAGUGGGCCAACCGAGGCGUUAGUUCUAAAGCUCUCUUCGCUGUGGGAGCUCCGCCUGCUGGGAGGGGGAGUACCAAAACCUUCCACGUGCUAUUGCUUCGGCCGCAGUUGUGUUCGCUGCUUAAAAGCCGCUCUCCCCCACUCUUCUCUCUCGUCGCUGCAUUUUCCUCUGUUCAUAUUCAUUCCGUCGACGAGGUGAAGGGAGAGAUGGCGGCAGUUCAGGGGCUGGGGAGCGUAGUGACGCUUUCCUCGGGGCAUUCCUUCGACUCUAGGCGAGGACGGCAUCGGCUUGUCUUGCAGCACCAGUCAGAAUUGAGCCGAGAUUAUUUGAUUAACGGAUCUGGCCAGAGAUUGACAGAUGGUGCGAAACGUUCCUUGAAAUUUUCCCCUGGUGCUGUUUUGACAAAGGCUGAGACUGCAUCAGGUUCUACAAGUGCCAAAUCAGGCCAUGAGCUCCUUCUGUUUGAGGCUUUAAGAGAAGGCUUGGAAGAAGAGAUGGACAGGGAUCCACGAGUCUGUGUCAUCGGAGAGGAUGUUGGUCAUUAUGGAGGAUCAUACAAAGUCACCAAAGGCUUGGCAAAAAAGUAUGGUGAUCUCAGGGUGCUUGAUACACCAAUUGCUGAGAAUUCAUUCACAGGCAUGGCUGUUGGAGCAGCAAUGACAGGAUUAAGGCCAAUUGUCGAAGGGAUGAAUAUGGGCUUCCUUUUGUUAGCCUACAAUCAGAUAUCCAAUAACUGUGGCAUGCUUCAUUAUACCUCAGGGGGGCAGUUUACGAUUCCAACUGUUAUCCGAGGACCUGGUGGUGUUGGUCGGCAGCUGGGUGCUGAACAUUCUCAACGCCUUGAAUCAUAUUUUCAGUCUGUCCCUGGCCUCCAGAUGGUUGCAUGCUCAACUCCUUAUAAUGCCAAGGGUUUAAUGAAAGCUGCAAUCAGGAGUGAAAAUCCAGUUAUAUUAUUUGAGCAUGUCUUGUUGUACAAUCUGAAAGAAAGAAUACCAGAUGAAGAGUACAUAUGCUCACUGGAGGAGGCAGAGAUGGUGCGGCCUGGAGAGCAUGUUACAAUUCUCACAUACUCACGCAUGAGAUAUCAUGUGAUGCAAGCAGCAAAGACACUUGUUAACAAAGGUUAUGACCCAGAAAUCAUUGACAUAAGGUCACUUAAGCCAUUUGACCUAUAUACAAUUGGGAACUCAGUGAAGAAAACCCACAGAGUUCUAAUUGUCGAGGAGUGCAUGCGCACAGGUGGUAUUGGUGCCAGUCUAAGAGCAGCCAUAAUUGAGAACUUCUGGGACUACUUGGAUGCACCCAUAAUGUGCUUAUCAUCACAGGAUGUUCCUACACCAUAUGCAGGUCCACUGGAAGAAUGGACUGUUGUUCAGCCACCACAGAUUGUAACUGCAGUUGAGCAGUUGUGCAAGUAAUCUUUCAAAAUGCUGAGUUUUGUCAGUUAGUGGUUGAACAUUUAUUCAUCAUCAUCUCACCUUGCUAAGAAAGAGACCAUGCCUCUUUUGGCUAAUUAGAUUGCAAUUUGAUUCAGUUGGUUUGUGAAGCUGCUAUCUUCACAAAGGUUUGAGAUUUGAGUAGAUAUAAUUACUCUUUCCCUGAUUUUAGCAGCAUUGAAUGAACUAUUUAUUUAUUCCGUAAUACUUGAGGUAAUUGUGGUUAAGUUUGCCUCCCUUGCUUGCAGAUUUAGCAUUUAUUUCCAUCUUGAGUAUUCAUGUCUCCUGUUUGAAUGGAUAGCAUUUUGUAACUUUCAAGCACAAGCGGAUAAUUUCUAGAUCAUAACUAUAAACAUUGAGUUUUUAAGGAA